UUUUCAUUCUCCAAGAAGUAAAAUGGCUUACUCAAAUUCAUAUAUUCUCUUUCUUCUUGGUGUUUCUGUGAUUCUCUCUUCUCAAGUUUUAGCUUAUAAUAGACCCUCUGAGUCAUCUCUUAAUUAUGGUGAGGAAUUGGAUGAACAAAAGGGCCUGGAUUAUGUGAAUGCUCCAAAAAUGAAUGAGGAACUUGAAGCCAAAAAGGGUAUGGACUACGUGAAUGCUCCAAAAAUUGUAUCCUAUGAAAUGCCGCUUGAGGACACUACUUAUGUUGCUUAUGAAAUGCCUCUUGAGCACACUUCUUCUUCUUCUGCUGAGAUUAAUGAUGGGGGCUUGGAUUACAUCAAGGUUCCAAGAACUGAUGAAGUGAUUGAAGAACAUAGUAAGGAUGUGGAUUACGUGAAGGCUCCAAAAAAUGUUGCUUAUGAAAUGCCUCUUGAGCACACUAGUUAUUCUGACAUUAAUGAUGAAAAAUUUGAUAACCAAAAGGUUUUGGAUUUUGUGAAAUCUCCAAAAACUGCUGCUUAUGAAAUGCCGCCUGAGUCCCCCACUUACCCUGAAAUUAAUGCUAAUUUAGAUGAGGCAUUGAAUGACCAAAAGGGCGAGGAUUCUCUAAGUGCUCAAAAAAUUGAUGAGAAAUUUGAUGAUAAUCAAAAAAGCAUUGAUUCGGUAGAGUCGGUGAAUGUUCCAAAAAUUGACGAGAAAUUUGACGAUAACCAAAACGGUGUGGAUUCUGUGAAAGCUUCAAAAAUUGAUGAGAAACUUGAUGAUGAAAAAGACGUAGAUUCCUCGAAAUUUUCAAAAAUUGAUGAGACAUUGAAUGACCAAAAGGGUGUUGAUUGGGUAAGUUUCCAUGCAAGAUACCCUUGGAUAAAAAAGAAUAGUCUUACAACUGGGAGCCGAAAAUUACUACUAAAUCAUAUUGCCAAUGAUCAGAGUGCAUAGUUGUGUUAGCAUGAUGAAGAAGAAUGCUGAAACCUGAAAAUCACUACUGAAGUUUAGUGAUGUGAAAAUAAAGUUGUUUUUAAGUUGAGUAGACCUUCUGCAAAUUAAACAAGAGAUAAUAAUUAAGUUAUAUUUAUAAUAAUUAUUAUGAUGUGGACUCAUUGUUUAUUAAGUUUGUUAUGUGUAUUUGUUGAAUUUGUAUUUCUGCAAAAUAUGUAUAAUUAUUUAAUUAAAUAAAUUUAUGUGAUUAGUUUAA